CUCUCUUUCUCUCUGUGUCCACGGCCGGGGAGCGUAACCGGAAGCGGGAUCCUCCAGCCUGGUUUCCGGUCGAGGGGGAAUUAAAAAUGGAGGAGAUCGGCAUCUCGGUGGAGAAAACUCAGGAUGAGCUUCCUGCUCUCUCUAUUUCCAGACCUCAGACCGGCCUCUCCUUCCUAGCUCCUGAAGCUGAAGAUGUCGAGGAUCUAUAUAGCCGAUAUAAAAAACUCCAGCAAGAGCUGGAAUUCCUGGAGGUCCAGGAAGAAUACAUCAAGGAUGAGCAGAAAAAUCUGAAGAAAGAAUUUCUGCAUGCUCAGGAGGAGGUGAAACGUAUCCAGAGCAUCCCGUUGGUCAUUGGCCAGUUCCUAGAGGCGGUGGAUCAGAAUACAGCCAUUGUUGGUUCUACCACAGGCUCUAACUACUACGUCCGAAUCUUGAGCACCAUUGACCGUGAACUGCUGAAGCCCAAUGCUUCUGUGGCCCUACACAAACACAGUAAUGCGUUGGUGGAUGUGUUGCCUCCCGAGGCUGAUAGCAGUAUUAUGAUGCUGACUUCAGAUCAGAAACCAGAUGUGAUGUAUGCUGACAUUGGUGGGAUGGAUAUUCAGAAGCAGGAAGUUCGAGAAGCUGUGGAGCUGCCCCUCACUCACUUUGAACUUUACAAACAGAUUGGUAUAGAUCCUCCACGGGGCGUGUUAAUGUACGGGCCCCCUGGCUGUGGAAAGACUAUGCUAGCCAAAGCUGUGGCCCAUCACACCACAGCUGCUUUCAUUCGGGUUGUGGGGUCUGAAUUCGUGCAGAAGUACCUGGGUGAAGGGCCACGCAUGGUCCGGGAUGUUUUCCGACUGGCCAAAGAGAAUGCACCGGCCAUUAUCUUCAUCGAUGAAAUUGAUGCCAUUGCCACCAAGCGUUUUGAUGCCCAGACUGGAGCGGACAGGGAGGUUCAGCGGAUUCUCUUGGAGCUUCUCAACCAGAUGGAUGGCUUUGACCAGAAUGUUAAUGUUAAGGUGAUAAUGGCUACAAACCGAGCAGACACCCUGGAUCCUGCUUUGCUCCGACCGGGCCGUUUAGAUCGUAAAAUCGAGUUUCCUCUGCCAGAUAGACGCCAAAAACGCUUAAUUUUCUCUACCAUCACCAGCAAGAUGAAUCUAUCUGAGGAGGUGGAUCUGGAAGAUUAUGUGGCACGACCUGAUAAGAUCUCGGGAGCUGACAUCAACUCCAUUUGCCAGGAGGCUGGGAUGCUGGCAGUACGGGAGAACCGUUACAUUGUCCUCGCCAAGGACUUUGAAAAAGCCUACAAAACGGUCAUCAAGAAAGACGAACAGGAACAUGAGUUCUACAAAUAAAGACGGGAGCAGCAGGACCGAGGCUUGGUUUGGUCGUCUCAGUCCUUGCGGUGGAAAGACGGGCUGUGGUUUUUUUUGUGUGUGUGUUUCUGGUAGGCUACGUUUAUCCUGUGGUUUUUUUUUUUCUCUAAAAAAAGAAAAGCUAUCCAGAAAUGCCACUGUUCCCUUCGUCGAUGGAAAUAGGAGAUGAGGGUGUCUUUAUCUCAUCCCCUCCAUUCCUAUACGUUCUUGAUCUGCCUAUAUUGUUUUUUUUAUUCUCAGGCCCUAUAGGGAAUAAGAUUUGAAUUGGAUUAACAUUUGCUCCCUUGAGGGAAGGGGAGCGUGGGUAGGAACAGACCUGCCAGUUAUUGUUACACCACAGUUCCGUCAUAUCUGAAAUUUGGUCACAAGGUUGUGGUUGAUAGUUGAAAGCAACAGUUGGCCUGUAAAGUGUGUGGGUUCAUAUUGCAUGCUCGGUUCACAUGUUAAACAUUAGAUCAAAACCAGUCAAACCCUUUUUCUAGGAUGGUGUAAUGCCUGUGUGAAGUUUUCACAGCUUUCCUAAGUUGGGCUGUACGUUACACUCGGCUAAGUUUUAUUAAACAUGAUUUGAAGAAAUCUCAGUUUAGACCCAUGAAUUUCCACCAAGCCACAUUGUGACUUAAUAAUACAUUGUAUGAUGGUUUGUUAGCAAAUUAUAAUACAUGGAAUUUAUUCUUAUGGUCCAGAAAAUAAAAGACUUUGGAGAUA